AUGAGCUCGCCGGCUGAACAAGAGCAUCUGUCCUGGAUGCGCGAGGCGAUGCACAUGGCAGAAGACGCCCUCGCGGCCAGCGAAGUCCCCGUCGGCUGUGUCUUUGUUCGCAACGGCGCCAUUAUCGCCCGCGCUCGCAACCGUACCAACGAACUCAGAAACGCCACGCGCCAUGCCGAGCUCGAGGCGAUCGACGGCAUCCUCGCCGACAAGACACUCACCCCCGAGAUGACACGCUACCCCCUGUCCGACACGGUCCUCUACGUCACCGUCGAGCCGUGCAUGAUGUGCGCGUCCGCACUCCGCCAGCUCGGCAUACACAGCGUGUACUACGGGUGCGAGAACGAGAAGUUCGGUGGCAACGGCAGCGUGCUCGGCGUAAAUGAGAGUCUGGAGCAUCCAAUACAUCCUCCAUAUAAAUCCGUCGGUGGCUAUCUGCGCGAGGAGGCGAUCAUGAUUUUGCGAAGGUUCUAUGUUACCGAAAAUACGAACGCCCCGGUCCCAAAACUCAAAGCCAAUCGAACGCUCAAGACGGAGAUCUUGCCAAAAGCAGCACCGGCAUGA